GAUGACAGGUAAUCUUUUGGAACUAUGUCUAAUUUCAAAAAUGCGAUUCCAUUACGUAUUUUAUGUAUAUUUCAGUGUUUUUUUAAAUUGGAAAAAAUUGCGGUGAUAUAUGUUUGUGUAUAAUAUCAAAUCAAUUACAAAUAUUCAAGUUCAAUUUGAUUGACUAUAAUUUCAAAGGUAGAGAAAUACAAAAAUGGGAUAUAACAAUUCUGCUGUACAAAUAUUACAGCAAGCCGAAGAGCUGAAAAUUAAAGUUCUAAGCAAAUGUGACUUACUGAAUGAAUCAAAGGCAUGGACAGAACAGCAAAAACUUCAGUCAGUCUAUCAUCAAACUUUAAUCCUUGAUUUGGAAUAUGCCCUGGAUAAGAAAGUUGAAGUGGAUUUGUGGAAUAUUGGAUUCAAAAAUCAUAUCAACGUCCUACAAGAAUUGGUUAGAGAUAAGAAGAAUCCACAAAGAUCAGAUUGUCAAGCAUUGUUGACAUGGUUUUUGGAAUCAGCUUCGGGAUUCUACAUUUCUCUUCUACAAGAGUUCUGUAACAAAUUCGAGAUUGAUUUUCCAUUUCGACGUCAAGGCAAAAUAUAUGGUCAGACAAAAAGAUCAUUAGGAAAUGAUCAGUCCAAUUUACCACAAUCUUCUUCUUGCCUUUAUAUAUGCCAAUAUUGUUUAGUACAUCUGGGAGAUAUUGCUAGAUAUGGAAAUAGGAGAAAACAAGCAGAAAGUUUUUACAAACAAGCUAUUCAAGUAUCUCCAAAUAGUGGUCAUCCUUACAACCAACUUGCUUUAUUAGAAGCCAGCCUAGGAGACAAGUUAUCAACUGUUUUUUACUAUGUUAGGGGUAUAGCAGUUAAAAACCCAUUUCCGGCUGCAACUACUAAUUUACUAAGUACUCUGAGCUCAACAAUUGAUAAAGAGAGGGUGGAUGAUAAACUACACAACAGGAUGACAGUGAAUGAAUUUAUCAAUUUAUUCAUUUGCACUCAUGGAUAUUUGUAUACGCUGACAGAGUUGUGUCAAGCUCAGACUAUAGUGGAAAAUUUAGGUACCAUUAUGACAGCACUAGUGGCCACUCAGAGUUUCACAGAAGAUAAACUCAUCAAAAUGACUAUCAUAAAUAUGUACUCCCUCCAGCAUAUUUCGAGCAGUGGCACAUCUGAGGAGUUGACAAGUGAUGAGAAACAGGCAAAGAUGCUGAUAUUGGAUCUUCUUGCCAGUUCCUUAAGUGCUUUUCUGGUGCCGAUCCAUACCCUACAGGCCGAUAAGAAUUUAAUUGACUACUAUGCACUACCUGCAGUGAAGAUCAUAUUCCAUUGGAUUCAAGAUUCUCCGAUGAUCCUCACGGAAAAUGUGUUCAUGAAGAGGCUUCAGAUAUGGCCAAGUCUUUGUAAACUUCUCAACAACAUACAACCUUUUUUGAAGGAUUUUCACUACGAGGAUUAUUCCAACCUUCCUCUCAAGGAAGACAGAAACCUCAAAGGUUUCUUACCAUUAUCCAAAUACUUAAAACAAUUUGAUUUUGACAGAACAGAAGAAGAUCCCAACAUUUUCAGAUUGGUGAGAAUUAAGAGGAUAUUAAAUUUUGGAUUAUGGCUGACAGAUUUUGAAGUGAAUGGUACUAAAUUGAUUACAAAGACAGAAUCAGAUGAUGACACCAUCAAAUUCGAACCCGGUUGCAUACAACCCGAUCCAACCAAUAAACUGCUGGAAGAGAUCAAAUCAUUCAGUAUAGAAAGUGGAGCUAAAACGGAGAAAAAAGGGGGUAUUUUAAAACCACAAGGAUCGUUGGAAAAACACAGGGAAGAGAGGGAAAUGAUGUCAAACUUGGAAAAUGAUGCAAACGAAAACAACAUAGCUUCUCCAGGGAAUGUCAAACAGGAAUCGGCCAAGAUGAAGAGAGCCAAGCAGAAUGUAGCCCUUCAGUCUAUAUAUAAGAAAAUGGAAGAAAAUAAACAGGUAAAGUUCAGGGUAGAAGAUAAGGAGAAAUUAGUAAAAUUCGACCAAAAACCUGCGCCGGUCACAAGAGUUCCCGCCGUAGCUGUCACAAAUACCAACCCCACAUUUGGUUCCUCUAUCAGGACUCCUCCGUUCAACCAAAACCACCCCGUAUUUCCUCCCGUAUCCAGUCAACAGCAGGACUACCUGACCAGCUUGAGAAACAUGGCCAACAAUUACGGUAUGGGUGGUGGUAACUACCCCCUGCAGAACAUGUACGGUGGGGGGAUGCAAGGUGGCGGCAUGCCCACCCCCAAUUGGGGAAGCGGACAGGUCCAGACCAAGAACAAUUACACACCCAUGAACAUGGGCUCGGCAACAUACAACCAUCUGCAAUCCUCUGGGUUUGAUGGUAACGCCACUGCCAACUGGUGGAACGGUCCAGGAGGCAACAACAUGAUGCCGCCACCAGGAGGGGCUGGAUUUAACAAUUUCAACACUCCGCCGCCACCGUUUGGAGGUGGCAUGAUGGGAGGGCCAAAAAUGGGAGGUAACAACCAGGCCAGCGGAGAUUCCUUCAAUUCGCCAUGGAACUUCAGCGGUAACAUGGGGGCUGGCUUUGAACAAAGCGGUAAUUUGACUAUGAGACAACAAAUGUUGAAGGAAGCCAACAAUUUACCCACCAAUAUGGGUGACAAAUUCACGCCGAACCAACAAAACGCCCCAUCAUCUGGAUAUUCGCUCUUCAACACAAGCAGCUGGAAUCCCAGCCUGACGAAUCAUCUGAGGAACCCGGUUGGUAUGCCCCACCCGCCGGACAACUCGUUUGGAUCACUUCCGCAAUCCUCGCUCUUCGCCAGUCAGAGGCCCCAGUCGUUGGCUCAACUUCUGGAACAGCAGAGUCAAAUUCAAAAGAAUGAUUUCCAUUGAAAUUUAUUUCGUCCGGUUAUUAUUUGGAAAAAAGUUUCUAGCAUCUCAAAGGAAACGGUGACAGCAGAAGAUCCAAAAAAGAGAAAGGCAUUGGAAAAAUGAGCGUUUCAUGAAGCUUUUUGUUGUCGGAAUUAAAAACUCCAUCUUCCUCAACGCGUAGAAAAAUGUUAUUCAAAGGCUCGUUUUGAUGAUAUUAAAAUGUGUAAUUGUUUUUGUUAUUUUUAUCGAAAUAAAAUGAUGAUCAAAUUUU